UGUCUCACAGGUCGCGGGAUGGGAUUACUUGAAAGGAAGGUCCAGAAAUCGGUGGUGUUCUCGAGGCAGGGUGCCCCUCCGGCAGCGGCACGGGGCACCGCGCACUGCGUCUCCUCUCCGCAGGGCGUGGCACUUCCACGCCUCCACGAUCUGCUCCACCUGCAGGAGAAACUGGUCCCCACGCAAUCCAGACAUGGCCCCUCGCCCGAAAGACCCUGGGCAAGGCCCCGCGUCUUGUCCCCACGCUGCGAAGUGGAUAUGAGCCUGGUUACUUGCGUCCGCACCGGGAUGAGCGGUUCCCGCCGGUUCUGCUCUUCCAGGGCGCUCAGCUCAGCCGGGGCGAGCAAGGCCAGUCUCAGCUCUGGGACCACUGGAGCCGCCACCUCGGCCACAGGCCGCUCCAACACUGCCUGUGAACGUCAGCCCUGAGCCCUGGCAGGGUAGGGCAUAUACCCCACCGCCCUUUGCCCGGUUCCUGCUGCCCGCGCUGCCUUCAUAACCCUCCCCUAGACUUCACUCACAGCCCCUACGCGCGCCCAGUUCCGGGCUGCCUGGACCAGCUCAGCCUCGUCCACGCACAACUUGUCGCUGCGCAGCAAGGGCAGCAGCGCCGUGGCGGACAGCUCCAGGAAUCCGCGGGUCCUGAGCGCCUCCUAUGAGCCGCAGGAUUGGUGAGGGAUGUGGGGGAGCAGAAUGGCGUGUUGGGGUUUACGAAUAUGAAAGUGGGAAACAGUACCUGGCUGUGGACCUCGAUGAAGGCUAUGCACCGCUCCUGCAGGGGCCUCAGGCCAAAGGUUACCGCUACCUGAGAGCAGAAUGAAAGAGGUCAGGCUGGAAAAUGGAGAGAGCCUGAAGCCCAGUCCUGCACACUGGGGACCACCACUGUAAGCCUGACUCCAUUCCUAACUGGGGAAGCUGACAGGAAACUAGACCUGGGGAAAAUGCUUUGGAACAUCAAUACCCAGGUGAAAGCUAAGCCAGAUCCUUCAAACCCUACCCUGGGGCCGAGGUUUAGCAUCUAGACUCCGCACCUGACCCCAUCUUUACCAUGUCCCACCAUUAAUAGAAAACCAGCAAAAACUUCCUAGCCCUUUGACUGCUAUAUCCUGCACCCCACAGAUUUGGGCACAGAGUUGAUCUCAUAAAUAUCUUUGGAGCACCUCUGUCCCUGUCGUGUCUCGAGACUUUUCCAGGGUAGACAUAGGCAGCCAAGGCUUCUGGCACAUGGAAGGAAUCUAAGACCACAUACUGAAAGCCAGAUUCUUCCCAGGCCUGCUCAGCAACACUCACCUGCAGGGCCUCACAAACCAACUCCACAUCCAGUACCUUCACUACAUAUUCCAGGCACAGCUGGGGGCAGAAAUGAACCGUGGCUGGAGGGAGGAGCUCCGGGACAGCAUGCCUGCCCACUGCAGCAGCCCCAUGGUAACUGCACAACACAGCCCUUCUCCGCCCACCUGCUGGCCAAGCCAGCUCAGCAAGAACUGUGGAACCGGGAGAGAGCUCGGAGGCCAAAGGCUACUGGUGACUAAGGUGCCUGAGGGAGUUUCGGGAGAAGAGGGCAAGCCAUCCCAGAAGUGAUUCUGUGUGAGGUGGAGUCCGAGGCCUAAAGCAGAGGAUGGAACUAGCUUCACAGCCUUUAGCCUCCAGGCGCCGAGGAACCCACACAGACCGUCUGAUCUACUUGAUCCAAAAGUACAGGCAGACCCAUGGCUGGCAGGGCCCUGCCACCCGGACGCCAGGAGGAGGAAACUGCCAAAGAUCAAGCUUUGAAACCACCGCCAACACGGCCUGGAGGACACCUGCCCAGCAUUGAUGAGGCCCGGCCUGCAGGUGUGGGCCCGGCCUCCCGCCGGGGCUCCAUGUUGGGCCUAGCAGCAUCCUUCUCUCGCCGCAACUCACUGGCCGGAACACUGGUGGGUCCUGGAGGUCGUCGCCUAUCCCUAGGUCCAGUUCCCCCUCUAGGCUCACGGGUCAGCUUUUCGGGCCUGCCCCUGGUGCCUGUCCGUCACGCGACACCUUCGUAUCGCACGGAGCCGCUGCCGGGGGAAUGCUGGGAGGCUGCAAGUGCACAGCGCGCCCUGGAAGCACUGUUGGACGCAGAGCUGUGCAAUGCAUCCUACUCUGGCACUGAGGCUGGGAGACUGGCACGGGAACUAUGUGAGCAGGUACGCAUGCGCAUGCGUGAGCUCUGCCCACCGCGCUACAAGCUUGUGUGUAGCGUGGUGGUGGGGCCACGUGCAGGCCAGGGCGUGCACGUGGUCAGCCGAGCACUCUGGGACGCAGUGCACGACGGGCUGGCUUCUGCCACUUACACAAACGCCUCACUGUUCGCAGUGGCCACGGUCCACGGGCUGUACUAUGAAUGAGGAGGCCUUCAAAUUCUGCAAAAAUGGUUUAUUGUCCCAGAAGGAGGCCCCCCUGGGGCUCACAUCCCAAUAAAUAAAUGUCAAAUAA